UGAUAUAUAAAGGGAGAUUAGGCAGAUAUCUUCGGAGUAUAUUAUCGCCAUUGACACGGCAGUGAAGAUGGGCAGUAAUUACUUCCAAGCUAUUCCCCACUAUCUCUUCGCAUUCUCUUACAUAUACAGACGUCAGUUUCGACUCUUCACUUAACCACCAAAACAACACCGUGUACUAUAUAUUAUCAAUGAUGGCGUGUAUAUAUUUAUAUAUUUCACACAUUUAAAACAACAACAACAAAAAUGACAGAGUUGAGCGACAUCCCCGAGGAAGUUCUUCGGAUCAUUUUCCUAAAAUUGGACGGCACCACGCUUUUCCGUAUGGGUCAAGUUUGUAAGUACUGGUACCGAAUUGUUUACGAAUUAACGCAGGACGUCAGCAUGUGGUGCUCGUUUUGUUUGUACGAAAUUCCCACCCCUGCUCUCGAACAAAUGACCGGUCUGGUAGAUGUGGACAACCUGCUGGAGUGCGACUCCCGUAUGAGGGACAAAAUACUCAGUGUGCGCUUACCCUGGCAAUACUGGCGUGAGGUUUACAUCGCUUAUUGUCGCAGCCGAUGUCUUCGUCAAUGGCACUGCCUUCGUCGAACCGUCAAACAGUCGAAGUUCCGAGGUAAACCUACAUGUGUUAAGUUCCAUGGUAAUCUGUUACUGACUGGCCAUGAGAAUGGCAGUGUGAUUUGUUGGGAGAAUGCUGGAAUGAAACAUCAGACCAAUUCAUUACUCCAUCGGCACCGAAGUGCAGUGACUGCUCUCGCUGUCUUAGAUUUUUCUAAUCUGAAAAAUGGCAAGACUACCUCCUUCACCAUUAUAUCGGGCUCAGAUGACCGAGAACUGUUGUACACUACAUACAGAUCAGAACACAGAAUGACCCGCUGCCUGUCCCAUUCAACAAUUGUAACAUCAAUCAGUUCCUGGGGAUCCAACUUUGUGACUGGAAACCAGGAUACUAUACUUCACGGCCAGUGGGUAUUCACUCUUACACCAGAUUUCAACAUUGUCAGAUGUUUUCACCUGCUAGGGCAUGGUUCAUCAAACAUAACAGCCACAUGUCUUUGGAAAAAUAAGGUUGCAUCUGGUGAUGACGAGGGCAAUAUAUAUAUCUGGGAACUAACUGAGACCCACAAACGUUAUCUUUUACCCUUCAAUGUACUCUCAACAUCUGGACCAGUACAGCAAAUCGUACUUUGUGGUGAUCGUCUUCUGUGUUUGUCAGGAAAACAUACUCUGUCUGUCUACUCUAACGACAAAUGCUGUGUGGAGAAAAAUAUAUUUCACGAUCUUACAAGAACUCCAGAAUAUAUAUCUCUGUGGGGACCAAUACUUGCUAUUGGUGUCAAGGCAGGUAUCGUGUACAUUUAUCGUUUGGAAACUGACAAGGAUUGGAUAAAUAUUGAUUUGACUGCACCUCUCUACAUUCUCCACUCUGGCCAGGAACAUGUACUCAGUUUGGACAUUACAGACUCUGGACUUGGUCCCUCACUUGCCUUUGCCACUGACAACAACACCAUCCACUUAGCUCACUGGCUGCCACAGCAUUCUAAACGUGUUCGAUAGUAAAGGCUUUGCUGUUAGUGUGUAAGGGUUAUGUGUAUGUGACAUAUCCACUCAUCUGUUUAAGUAUAUUUGGGUAUAUGUGUUAUAGGCAGGUGUUUGUAUGUACAUGCAUGUAUGAGUGUUUGUGUGUGUGUGUGUAUAUAUAUAUAUAUAUAUAUAUAUAUAUACAUACACACACAAACACUCAUACAUGCAUAUAUGUAUAAUGGUGUGUAUUUAAAGGCAGUUAUGUGCCUCUAUAGACAUACAUUAUUAUCAUUUUAACGUCCACUUUUAAAACAAUGAUGCUUGUCUAUGAACACACACAUAAAACUUAGAUAUGCACUAUGUAUAUAUACACACAUAGUGUGUGUGUGUGUGUAUAUAUGUGUAUCUAAUAUUUAGAGUGUGCCAAAACUCAAGAAGUCUGACUGCAUAUUUGCAGUCUAUUGGCAUAAUCUGACUUCAGCUCUGGCACCAACUGCAUUUUUAUACUUUGUGACUGUUGACUCACCGUCUGUAUGUGUAUGGGUCUGUGUGUAUGUAUGUAUGUAUAUCUAUCUAUUUGUAUGUAUAUAUAUACAUAUAUAUAUAUCUUGAUUGGUAAGCCUGUUUGCAAACAAAAAGGAAAAAUCCAUACAGCAGACUGUGUAUAUAUUUUACUUGAAGUUGAAGCUUCAUGAAUUCUAACUCUGAGUUUCAUAUUUCUGAUUGCAUAAAAGAUUAAAGCAUACAAUCGUCCAACCCAUGCUAGCAUGGAAAGCGGACGUUAAACGAUGAUGAUGAUGAAGCUGUAUGUCAUAGAAGCAAAAAUAUUGAAAUCUCACGAGCCAACAAGACGUUUGGAUUUAAUUAGUUGCCAAAACAAAACAAAACAAAAAAAAUGCAUCAUGUGUAUUUAGUGAGUGUCAUGAUAUUUUUAUGAUUUCAUUAUCGUGUAUGGGAACACAUUAGCAAAGAAAAUGGUUGCUGAACAUUAAAUAUUUAUCAAUUAUAGCCACUUGCUUAUGUGUUUAUAAAUAACUCUGAUGACAUGAAUAGAUGAAAAUGUGUUCUGCAUGUGAGAAUGAUGGAUGAAUGUAUAGCAUGUUUUCUAAUGUUAUGCUUUUUUUUGCUUUUUUGUUUCUGGCAACCAAUUAAAUCCAGAUGUAGCUAGCUAAUCAUAUUUCAAAGUAUUUUUGCAUAUGUUUACUUACAUAUAUCGUCACUCUGUUUCCCCAUUGCAAGCAUUUAAUCAAAAACAUAAAACUCAGAUCAAGAUUCAAGAAACUUUGGCUUCUAAUAUCAUUAUCAUCACCAUCAUUUUAUGUUCAUUUUUCCUUGUUUUAUGGGUUGGAAGGAUCUUCUUCAGCACAGCAUCUUGCCACUUGUUGUGACAUUUUGUUAUUUUCUUUAUGAGGGCCAACUUUUUUUCACUAGUUCUUCCUCUUCUGCAAUUUCUAUCUACUUGUAUCUCUUCGCAUUUCUUAACCUGACUGCCAUCCUCCGCAUGAAUCAUAUGUCCAUAUCAGUUCAGUCUUCUUUCUGGCAUACUACAUCCGAUUCCUUUUAUUCUCAGCUUUUCAAUUCAGCUCAUUUACAUUCCAUCAUCUGUGGACACAAAUAUGCAUUUAGCAGAGUGUGCUCACCUAAUUUCUUUUCAACUUUCAGUUAAUCUCCUCAUUCAAUGCUCAUGUUUUGCUACCAUACAACAUUUCACUUUGUACACAUGCAAUCACCUCACUAUCUACUUUUCCAUACUUCUCCCAUUUUGGUGUCAUUGAGAGCAAAUGUGCUGCUAUUAUUACAUACACAUUUUCAUCAAAAAACAUACUGAAAAAACACUCUGCAACCUGGACUCUCUUAUACCUCUGAUCCUCACAUCACAGAACAUUGGAAAACCUCUUACAUUCAACUUCUCUCCUUGCUAGAUAUGUCUAAUAUCUAUCUCCAGUUGUUAAUGUUUCUAGUUUCCAGCUUUCUUCCAUUCUUUCCAUGCCUUGCUCUUAGCUUUUAUGGCUCUAUUUGCCAUAUUAUUCCUUCACCAUGUUACCAUCUGUAUAAUUGGAACCUUGCUUCAACCAGGAAUCAGGUUUGUGGUUCACAACACAUUGUCUUAUAGAAACUUUCAGAUAUCUUCUAUGUUAUUGGUCUCUGUUUUCUCCUUCCCAACAUAAGUAUCAGGCAUAAACCAGUCUUUUCCUUGUAAAAAUUUACAUAUAUUGUAAAGGUUGAGAGAUUUCACAUGAAUAAAUUUAUAUUACUGAAAGAAAAUGCUUUGAGAACUUUGUCAUACAUAAAAGAAACUUAAACAUUUUUAUCAAUCUAAGCAACUGGUCUCAAUCAUUUUAAAAGAUUUAGUCCUGUUAGGAAAUAAAGGAAAAUAAAUUAAUCUUUCAUAUCAAUUCUGGAAGUUCAUAUCUUUCUUACAAAAUUCACAUGGUGCUGCAGUUGGUUUCUUUUGGAUGGCUACUGGAUAGUAGUAGUGACAGUUAACCCUUUAACAUUUAAACUGGCCAAUAUAAUCUACCUGUCCUAUGUUCAAAUAGGACAGAUCAAAUCUCUCACACAUAACCUACAAUGUCAUUCUACAAAUAAAUGCUCACAUACUCAUAGCUUUGAGAUUUUGUUGAAUUUAAAACUGAAUAAGCAUUGCAUUUGGCAGAAUAAUCUGAAUGCGAAAGGGUUAAAGCAGUGGAAGUGGUCCAUUAAGAAGUAGCAGCUUCAGUAAUAGUUGUAGUACUGACUCUUCAAGGAGUAGCUGUAACAUCUACAGCAGUUUUAAUAGUUGUCUCCCUUCCUCCCCCCCCCCGGUUGUUGGUGUUUGCUUAUGAAAGCUGUUUCUUUUUCAAUGUGUUGUUUUUGUGCAAUUGUUACAUUGGUAUAAGAGGAAGGCUGUAGAAUUUUCUUGUUUCUGACCUGCAUAUGUGUCUAAGUUCACUGAGUUCAAUACUUUUGUAUUUUAAAUUAAAUUAAAAUAUGGGAAUACAAUGUAGGCUUCAAUGCAAAAUUUUACUAUCACCCCCUUAUGCAGAAUGAGCAGUUGCACAAAAUUUACACAUUGAUAAAGAAACAGUUUUCAUGACCAAAGUACUGAUCACUUCUAAAUAACUGUGGGAGACAACUACUAAAAUUAUUGCUACUACAACUGUAGCUUCUAUUGCUGAAGCUAAUACCACUGUGGCUUCUACAAAUUAGACUGAUAGUCACUACUAUGGCUACUAGCAUAGCUGCUGCUUCUACAUUUAGCAGUUACUUCUUAAUAACAAAGAACAACAACCACAGCUCAAACUUAUUGCUACUAUUAUGAUACAGCAGGCAUUAGAAGAAAACUCACACCCAGCACCCUGUGAAUUUUGUGAGGAAAACAUACAUUUGAACACCCAGAACUGAUAUCUUUCAGCAUGACUAAAUCUCUUUUUAAAAUGAUUGAAACUGGUAACAUAGUCUGAUGAAAAAUAUACUCUUUCUAAUAUCCAUCAUCAAGUUCUCAAAGUAUUUUCUUCUUUUUGGUUUUUUAUAUAUAUAUGUAAGUAUACAUAUAAAAUCAUCAUCGUCAUAAUACAUAAAUUUAAUGUCUCUUUGUACAUUUCUGAAGUGAAUACCGGUCAAGAUGAUACCAAGCUAUCUUGCUCUGAUGGAUCAUCUAAUCAGAAUCCUUAAGUCACAAAUUAUGAAUUACCUCUUCAUAAAUAUCCAUGAAAUAAUUGAUUAAUCAUUCGUCAAUUGUCAGUCAUUCACGAAUCAUGUCAUUAUUCGUGGAUUUUUUUUUUUUUGUUUCAACCAAUUCAUGAUUAAACAUCCAUGACUUUUUAAAAUUAUACAAAGGAUUGUUCAUAUUUAAUUACCAUUUAUUUUUUUACCAACUAAUAAAGACAAAUAUAAUAAUUAUGAUUAUUAUUAUUGUUUUGAAGUUUUGCAAAACUCUUGCAUGUCACACCAUCAUCAUUAUUAUAAGUCUGUUGCUGUCAUUAGCCCUGGGUCAAAGUAAAUCUACAUUCAAAGAUGUUUCAGCCAUGACUACCUCUGUUUCUCUCUCCUUAAUCGUUUUAGACAUAAUGUAUCUAGAACUGCAUUAUCCGCUGUCCUUCCUUCUUUGAAGGAGAUUUGGUUACUAUUUCUAGCAGGUUGAAAAACCACAUAAUGUCCCCCUCCAUUCCUUGGGUUGGUUUGUAAUGGUUGACACUGAUCACUUGCAAAGUCUUCUCUAUAAACAAAAAAAAAAUGUUUAUCUUAUUAUAAUUGAAAGGAGGAUUGCCAUGAACAAGGCACAGGUAAAUCCAAAGAUGCAGUGUUAUUCUUUUACAAGAUUCAAUUGUGGCCAUGCUGUAACAUUUAGUGCCCUUGUCUGAUCUAACUCCUCGAGUGUAAAUAAUUAGACUUCAGUUACUUUUACAAUUUCCCAUCAACCAUUCUAGUUCCAUUUUUCAUGUACUCCUUUAUCUGCCCUUUCUAAUUCAGUACCUAGUUUUCCAUUCCAUUUCAUUUACAUUGCCAUCUUCUCAGAAGUUGCAAAAGGAAAUUGGAGAAGACUUAAAAGGAAUGAGAGGUGUUUAAAAAAAAAAAAAUCCAUUUGUUGUUCUGCAGGAAGUUUGGGUACAUUGGUUCUCAUCUAUCUGAAUUCUUACGUUAUAUGUCUGGCCCCAAAAUAGUAUAUCCUGGGACAAUUAGAAUUGAACAUGUCAUCAACAGCUGAGCUGCUGGAAUGUUUCUAGAUAAUACUCUAAAUUCAAUAACCAUAUAAUUCACAAGUGAAAGUGACCCUAUUUCAUUUUGUGGUCUUUGAUUACCAGUCUUCAAGCUACUUGAUCAUUAGGCAUAUUUGUCACUCAUAUCUGCAAAUGGAUUUCCAUAUUUCAUUAUUUCUUAAGAAUUUUAAUUUUUGUUUUAUCUACUGCUUUGAUUCACAAAGCUACAAUUGAAAUGAAUCCACGGUGGUGUGGAAAAGAGCAAAUAUGUUGUACUUCACUCUAAUAAAGAUCAAAAGUUUACUCUCUGAGGCAA